UUGACGAAGUUUAGGACCCAACGGGAUCCUGCAGCAAUUGCCUAGCCUGUUUGAGCCGACUACCAUUUAUGUAGUUCUAGGUUAGUCUGACGCUGCUCCAUUAAUAGCAAAACUAGUAAGACUGAUUCUAACGGAGUCUGAAUCUGAUCUUUCCCCAACAACAGUAAAAAGCAUUUGGCUGCAGCUGAAAACCCGUGAAAGAACCACACAAAGGGGAAACAGAAAACCACAUCCAGAAAAUGAAAACAGAGGGCACGGCAGAAGGAAUCGAAAGGUUCACAAGCCCUGGCAAAGGCAGAGGGCUGAGGGCAUUAAAACACUAUAAAGUUGGAGAUUUGCUGUUUACAUGCCCGGCAUAUACUUAUGUGUUAACUGUCAGUGAGAGGGGGAAUCAUUGUGAGUUCUGCUUUGCAAGGAAAGAGGGACUUUCUAAGUGUGGGAAAUGCAAACAAGCGUUCUACUGCAACGUUGACUGCCAGAGAGGAGACUGGCCGAUGCACAAGUUAGAAUGUUCAUCCAUGUGCAUUUUCAAGGAGAAUUGGGAUCCCUCAGAGACUGUUCGGCUUACAGCCAGAAUCAUUGCCAAGCAGCAAAAACAACAACUAAAAGACCAAGUAGUUCCAGAGACCACCAGAGCUCCACCUUGUCUGCCCCGAGGAAGAGAACUAGUAAAUCAACAAGAAAAAGAUGCACCGGCUAAAACAGCGGCAGCCAUUACCAAGAUUCCAACCGAGGUGACCCAGUCGACUACUUCACAGAAAACACAGACGGAAAAAACUGCAGCAGAGAAACUUUUAACAGUGUCAGAGUUUGAAUCACAUCUGGAGAAGCUGGAUAAUGAGAAGAGAGAGCUGAUUCAGAGUGACAUUGCUGCCCUCCAUCACUUCUACUCCAAGCACUUGGAAUACCCAGAUAAUGCAGCUCUGCUGGUGCUCUUUGCACAGGUCAAUUGCAAUGGCUUUACAAUAGAGGAUGAAGAACUCUCCCAUUUGGGCUCUGCUGUUUUCCCAGAUGUUGCCCUGAUGAACCACAGCUGUUGCCCCAAUGUGAUUGUCACUUACAAAGGGACCCUUGCAGAGGUCAGGGCUGUUCAGGAGAUCAAUGCUGGGGAUGAGAUCUUUACCAGCUAUAUUGACCUGCUGUACCCCACAGAUGACAGGAAUGACAGAUUGAAGGAUUCAUACUUUUUCAACUGCGAUUGCAAGGAGUGUGCCACCAAAGGAAAAGAUAAAGCAAAAAUGGAAAUAAGGAAAAUGAAUGAACCUCCAAAACCUGAGACCAUCAGGGACAUGGUGAAGUAUGCCAGGAAUGUGAUUGAGGAGUUCCGGAGAGCAAAGCACUAUAAAACCCCUAGCGAGCUGCUGGAGAUCUGCGAGCUGAGUCUGGAUAAGAUGGAUGCUGUGUUUGAGGACACCAACGUGUACAUGCUGCACAUGAUGUACCAGGCAAUGGGGGUGUGCCUUUACAUGCAGGACUGGGAGGGAGCAUUGCGUUAUGGGGAGAAGAUCAUCAAACCCUACAGCAAACAUUACCCUGCUUACUCUCUAAACGUGGCCUCCAUGUGGCUGAAGUUAGGAAGACUGUAUAUAGGAUUGGAAAAGAAGUCUCUGGGAGUCAAAGCUUUAAAAAAGGCAAUAGCGAUUAUGGAGGUGGCCCAUGGAAAGGACCAUCAUUACAUAGCAGAGAUCAAGAAAGAGCUUGAAGAAAAAUAACAUUUUUUUCCCCCCAAAGUAAAAAUACAAUUAUGGCCUGGUAACUUAAUAUUUUUACUUGUAAUGAAACUUGCUAAAUCUUGAUAUUUUAAAACUACUGCAUCUAUUCAAAAUAUUUAGCACAAAUUCUACUUAUCAACUGCCUUAUUUGUCAAAGGUUUUACUUUAGACUGGUGUGGUGAUGUUACUAAAACAAGGCCUUUGUAAACUGUUACUAUACUUAUUUAUCACGAGGAAAGUAACUUUGUAACAUUUUUGUGGGUAACUUCCAGUUUGUUUUAACCAGUAAAUGCACCCAUUCUAUAAAACAAAAAGCAAAAUGCACAAUUUCUAGUCAUUUAACAAAUAUUCUUCACAUUAAAUAGGUUUAUUUGUUUUUUGAUUAAGUAUUUGUUCAUGACAAACGUAUUGGCACGCCUGCUUUAGUAUUUUGUGUGUCCUACUUUUUGCUUUUCUCACGGCUUUGAUGUUUAUGAUCAUUCUUAACCAAUACAUUACAUCUUGUUGGUGAAAUUUGGGCCCAUUCUGUCUUGCCUAUUUCCUUCAGCUCAGACAGAUUGUAUACACAAUGCUUGACUCCAGCUUUUUUCAGCUCAGUCCAAAGCAUUUCUAUUGGAUUGUGACUCCAGCGUUGACUUAGCUGUAUGCUUUUGGUCAUUGUUGUAUUAGAAGUUUGCAAUCAGCCUUUUAGGAGAUGGUAUCAUCUCAUUCAAUCUUUAAUCACUUGAAUGCAACCAGUUCCAGAACUGCUAAAACACCCAAACAUACUGUGGUCCAUUUUUUGGGAAAGGUUAUAUUUUAGUCUCAUCGGACUACAGAAUUUUGUUAAAGAAUGUUUGAUUCCUGUUCCAUAUUUCUUUGCAUAUUUAAGUUUGUUCUAUGAAUUUUCUUUAAUAGUGGUUUGCAGCGAAGUCUACGUGCAAACAACUCUUCUGUGUUCAGGUGAUUUAUUAAGGGUGUGAUUUUGUCACGGUAAAAUCACGGCACAGUCACAGCUAAAAAUAGACAAUUUCAUGGAAUGGUCACGGCUACAAAGAUUUGAACUUAAAUAUAUUAAUUCAUGUAAUAUACUGUAUAAUUUUAGUAUUUGUGCAAAGUAAACAUAUAUUUAAUUUACUGUUGUGUUUUCUUUAAACACGCUUCUAGUGAAAAGUAAACCUAGAUUUUUUUUUUUUUUUACAGUACCUUUUAAAAUAACCGUAACAGGAAUAUGCUUACCUUUUAAUUAACAGUUAUAGGCCUACCUAUCUGAAAACUAUCUGAACGCUACAGAUUAACGACAAGGAUAUUGCAGAAUUAUUUUUUUAUUUAAAAAAAAAAAAAACAACUAAAACUAUCUGAACAGUUUUGAGGGGGGGUUUUGGGCAAAUUGGAGUUCAUGCUCCUCCAGAACUGUAAACCGUCCUCCCUUUAGGUUUUGCAUUAUCAAGUGUAGGUUCAUUUUAAGUUUGUUUCUCCUUAAAGCUGCUCCCUCCACUUUUGUUUGGGAUAUUGCUCUGCUGGUUGCUUAGAACUUAAUUUCACCCCUAUUUUUUAUAGUUCUGUCUAAGUAUUCACCUUUAUUUGAUGUUUGCUAACCGCUUAAACUUUGCACUGAAACCAAUUCAAAAGACGUGAACUGCUCCUAUUUUCAUGCUGAGUGGAAACAAAUUCACAGGUUCCAUGACCACCGUGACAAAAUCACAUCCGUAACUAUUAUGUCUGAUGCUUCUAAAUCUUUAAGUCUUUGGCUGUUGAUCUUGGAUUUUUCUUAGCUGCUCUGACAAUUCUCCUACCUGCUGUACCAUUAAUUUCCUUUCUAUGUCUACUUCUUUCAAGCGAUACAUCUUGAUUAUUGCUGAGUGUGCAUUUUUGGUAUUACAUAUUUCUUUGAUACUGCUCUGUAGCCAUUUCCUUUUUUGUAGUCUGCUACAAAUGCUUUUCUCAAACAUGAAUCCAGCUCCUUUGUCUUCACCAUCAUCUGAUUUGUUGCCGAAACGUUUUUCUUCUAUAUAUGUUGGAAAUAAUUACGUUUCUGGCUAUUGACUUCAUAAUGCAGCUUAAUUACUGUGUAGUGGUUUUCAAUCAAUUAUGUUUUUAAAAUUAGUGCUAUUACAUUUUUACAGACCUUGAAUGUAAAGGCGGCAAUACUUUUGUCAUGAACAAGCAUUUGAAAUUACUUGCAUUUUAUAUAUAUCUAUAUCUAUAUAUAUAUAUAUA